AUGGAGGGGGCUGAACACCAAGUUACGGAAGAACGGCUAGUUUCAAAAGAGCAGGGCAAAAAAUGUUCCACCGAGGGAGAGGCCGGCUCAGAGGAUAUCCCUGCUGACAAACGACCUCGUUUAGACGAGUCCGACGUGGUUGUCCCUUUCGUUGCUCAACCGAAGAUCAAAGACACGCCAAUCUCCUCUGAUGCAUCUGCCAUGAAGGAUCCAGCCGUGGCGUUGAGCUUGGCCGCCUUAGUUUCCCUACCGGUUGACAAGGCCACCUUUCAAGAAGAGCUGGAUUUGGUAGCUAUAGCGUUCGCUGCCCAGUCGACCCUUCUGACGGUUGGAAGGGUAGCGAAACUAGGCCCCCGGCAGCGUGAUGCCAUUGAAAGAAUUGGCCGCUUAAAGUUUGAAGCUGAAGUUGGUGGUGGUAGAAGAGGCAACGGUAUUAGUUAUGGUGCUGAUGGCAAUAAUGGUGAAAAUGGAAAGAUAGUGGUUGUAGCAAUGGUGGAAAACAAGAAUAACAAUAAUGAUGAAGGCGAUGGUGACGGGUGGCAUAAUGGUCAUGGUGGUGGUGGUGGUGGUGGUGGUGGUGGUGGUAUGUAA